AUGCCAUUAAUCCUAUUUACAGGUUACCCAUGUAGUGGUAAAACCACCAUGGCGAAAGAAUUGAUGAGCCUUUUAAAUGAAAAAAUUAAAUCAGAACCAUCUCUUUCGAAAUAUACAAUCACAUAUCAUUCUGAUGAAACAUUAGGUAUAGAACAUUCAGAUUAUAUUACUUCACAAUCCGAAAGAAAGUUAAGAUCUAAAAUUACAUCUGCUGUGAAAAGAGAUCUUUCCAAAACAAAUAUCGUCAUUGUAGAUUCUUUAAAUUAUAUUAAAGGUUUCCGUUAUCAACUUCAUUGUGAAGUGAAAAAUUUAUCAACUACAUUUUCAUUAAUUCAAAUUAUGUGCCCCUACGAAACUACCAUACAAUGGAAUGACGACAAACCUGAUUUCACAACAAAAUGGGAUCAUGAAUUGAUUGAUCAAUUGAUUCAACGUUAUGAGGAACCAAACCCACAAAAUCGUUGGGAUUCACCAUUAUUCCCUAUAUUAAUCAAUACAGAUACCAUGCAAGAUCAUUUCGAUAAUAUAUGUUCAGCAAUAUUCAAGACAAAUAAAAAUUCAAAAAUCACUGGUAAUAAUAAAAAUUUAGAUCCAUUAAAUAAUGCAUUAAAUAAACCAAAUUCCGUGACUAUUUUGAAACCCGCCAAUAAGGAGAAUUUCAUUCAAGUGAUAGAUUCUGAAUGUGCAAAGAUCAUAAAAAUUAUAAUGAAUCAUAUAAAGACGAUGGAAUCAAUUGGGAAUUAUAGUAAUAAUAGUACAAGAAUCAUCGUCUCUGAAAACGUCACUGAUAUAAAUGAUGAUAGAUGUGUUUAUGUCGAUUUACCAUUAUCUAAUGUUAAUUUGGCUAAAUUACAACGAUUGAAAAGACAAUUUGUCGCUUUGAAUAGAGUGAGAGAUAUGGAUACUGAUAGAAUUAUGCCUCUUUUUGCAGACUAUUUAAAUAGAUAUUUGAAUGAUGAAUGA